AUGCAAUUGCUCGAGUUCUGCCUGACUAUCCUGGCAAUAUGCGGCUACCUGCUCCGACCAAGUUUGUGCGUGGAAAAGGCGAAAGAUCUGUCCUGGUAUUUGGCUCACGAACAUGAAAUGUCUGUUGGUGGUAGUUUGCUGGAUCGGGGACCAUUUGAACUUAGUCCAACGGAUGUUAAGGCACUGCUACGACGAAUUAUCCAACGGAUCGAUCACAAUAAGGAUAAAAAGAUCACUCCGAACGAACUGUACACGUGGAUCAACUAUGUGGCAGAUACCGUGACUCGACGGAACACAAUACGAAGCUGGUUACGUCUGAAUCCGCUACGAGAAAAGAAGCUUACUUGGCAAACCUAUGUGACCAAUUCCUAUGGAUUACAAAAUAUUGAUCAAGAGGAUGAACAAAAGCGAAAGACCUAUGCGCGGUACUUGAUGACGGACAAACGCCGCUGGUCUGCUGCAGAUCUCGACCGGGAUGGGAUGCUCACCAUUGACGAAUACAACAGCUUUGUACAUCCGGUGGACAAGCCUCACAUGAGGGAGACAAUUAUCUCGGAAUUCAUCGACAGUAUUGAUCAAGACGGUGACCACAAAAUCUCCCAAGAUGAAUAUUUGGAUGAACUGGGCAAAUCGUAUCAUGUGGGAUUGUCACGUGGGAUGAAGGAACCGCAAUGGGUUGCCCGUGAACGUGAACAGUUCGCACUUUAUCGGGAUUUGAACAAGGACGGAAAACUGGAUCGCAAAGAAGUUGGCGAAUGGGUAGUUCCUACGGAUUACGACAGCGUAGACGCUGAAGUUCAACAUAUAUUUUAUCAAGCUGACUUCAAUCAUGAUGAAGUGCUCACUGAGGAAGAAAUUAUGGCCAAACAGGACAUGUUCAUUCACAGUCAAGCCAUGAACUAUGGUCACGUUUUGAAAUAUCCUCAUUCUGUGUGA